AUGAGUAUUAAAUCAUCCUGCAAUCGGAAUUAUCCUGCCGUUCCUCUUGUCUGCCUAUUGGUUGCAUUAACAGUCCAGACGGCAUUUGGACAAACGGCAAAUAAAACCUGCAGCACCAACUCCACCACAAAUACCAGCUGCACCACAUCCCGCAGUUCGGAUUUCAAUCCCGAUGAAUUGUGUCCGCUCAUUCCGUAUGGGACGAAAAUCAAAGAUCCACGCUUCUGCAAUGUCUAUAUCUCUUGUAUGAAUGACACCAGUGUUACCGGUUCGUGUGGUGAACAGUUUUUCGAUCGUGAUACGGGUGAAUGUGUCGAUCCGACAACCAUCAAUUGCCUGUCCAGUGAUCCAUGUGCCAAAAAGCCAACAGGCUUCGUUGCCGAUCCCUAUAGUUGCAGUAAUUAUUAUUAUUGUGCUAAUGGUGUCGGGACCCUGGGUAAAUGUUCGACAGGCCUUAAUUAUAAUCCCGAUACAAAUAAUUGUGUACGGAAUUUCUCCUGUGAAAUAACUAUGCUGCCGGAGGACUAUUGCAACAUUGUUCCGGAAGGUGUUUUCAUUAAGGUUCCCGAUUCAUGUACGGAAUAUCAAUUGUGUUGGCAAUCGAAGUUGUUGAAUGGUACCUGUCCCGAUGGAUUUUAUUUUGAUGCGUAUCGGGGUGGUUGUGAUUAUCCCAAUCAUGUGGAGUGUUCGCAUCACAAGGAUCAGCUGCCGAAUAUACCGGAAGAUGUGAAAUGUACUGAGAGCGGAGUAUUCAUAUCGGAUGGUGUCACCUGUGAUGGCUAUUUCUAUUGUAGUGAAUUAGCGGAUGGGACAUUUGAUAUGCGUUAUGGCCGUUGUCCGGCCGAUCGUUUCUUUGAACCCACCGAUGGUGGACAAUGUGCACCGAGGACCAGUGUCAAAUGUGAACAUAAUCGAUGCGUUACGAUGGGUAUGGAUUUCAUACAAAUGGCCAAUGUUAAUGGAGAUGGAUGUGUGGGAUUUUCGUUGUGUCAAAAUGGUCAGACUAUUGGACAGGCUCAGUGUCCGCAGGGACAAUAUUUUGAUGAAUGGUCACAGCUGUGUGUGGAUCAGGUGAUUGAUUAUGUCGCCUGUUCGAAGGGUGAGGGUGAUGAUGCGGCUGUGCCAUCAACUACCACAACUGAGGUAAUUUCGAAGGCUGCGGCGGAAUUUUUCUCUUAUCCAAAUGUGGUGUUGCAAAAAGCCGGUCUGGCUGCCCAAAUUUUAUCGCCGGUUGUAGUUCCAAGAUUUACUUAA